AUGGGCCCCGAGGAACCGCCACCCUUCCCGCGUUUCUACCUAGACGAGGCAAUCUACUCCUGGUCUUUGACGAUGGCGAGGCCAUCCGUCCAAACUGCUGCCCUGUUGGCUGGGUGCAUCGAACGGAUAGAGGAGCUCGAUGACUCUCUGGAACAUCAGAAGGAAGCGGACUUGACCCCUCGCGUCCAAUCCAUCGAGGACAAGGGCAACGACUUCUGA